AUGAACCCCAACCCUCUCAUCUACUGCACCUGCUGGGACCCAUGGAACAUAGGGCCACGGAAGCUAAUCAAGACCCCUCAGCCACCAAACAAGCACUCUUCAGGAAGAUCCAAGCUAAUUCCUCUUGUAUCAACUUUGAAAGAACACAAUUUCAUCCCAUCCCAACCAACAGGAAAACCUCUUACCCCCAAAGGGAAAGCUCAUUUAGGAAGGCAAGGGGAGAGCAGUAAAAUACCUACUGUGAGUAAAACAGGGAAAAAGGAAGUAAUCAACGUGUCACCUGGCUAUCAACUGGUUCGGAAUCGUGAGCAGAUUUCAGUCACCUUGGGGGAUGAGAUGUUCAAUAGGAAAAAACAUUUGGAUUCUGGCCCCUUGGAUAAAGUCGCAGUUUCCAGGAUUGAAAUCAUUUCUGACCUUGAGGAGCAGAUCUCAGAGCUGACUACAAUCAUAGAACAAAUGAACAGAGACCACUUAGCUGCUCAGAAGUUGCUUUCCACUGAGAUGGAUCGCCGCUGUGCUGAGCUGAAGCAGCACUUUGAGAACAUGAGCAGGGAGCUCACAAACUCUCAUAAAGUGGAGCUCGGUAAACUAGAGAACAACUACAAAGAAGCCUUGAAGGCAGAGAAGUCAGCUGCUCAGGAGAAACUAGAGGAGAUGGAAAAGGAAUAUAAGUAUUUGAAGAACAUGUUUCAUAUUUAUCAGGAUAGCAUUUAUGAUGAAAUGGAAGAUAGGUGGUCCAAGCGGAAGGCAGAAUGGGAGAAGGAUGAGAAGUUAGAACGAGAAAAGAUUCUACUACAGCAAAAACAUAGGAUGGCAAAAAGGUUUGAGUUAGAGUCAGAAGAAGAAAAGAAGAAAAUAAACAAGUCUUACAGUGAUAUCUUUGAGAACUUCGUUCGAGAAAAGGAGGAGCUCAUGAAGCAGCAUGAAAGGGACACCUUGGAAUUACAAGAGCUGAAAAAGACCAACGAGACCAUAGAGGAAGAGUUGCAUGCACAAGCUCUUGUUUUGGAAUCACUUAACACAAGCCUUUACCAAACCCAGAUGGAACUCCAGAAAGAGAAAGCUACAGUGGGAAAUAUGGAGAAAAUACUCCUGACUAAGCUUGCUGACGCUGAAGAAAAGUAUAAGUACACAAUACAGAACUUGAUUGAAGAAAAUACUAAAUUAAGAUUCUUAAUGCCUAAAGAAUGA